CCAGCCUCGAGCCGCCGCGCCGUCGCAGCCGAGCGCACGGCCUCCGGCGGCCCGCUGCGCCCGGAGUGUCCCGCCUCGGGCCGUCACCCACCCGCGGCUCGCGAACGCGGGAGAGGAGCUGGGCAGGCGCUGUCCAGCCCGUGGCCGGGCACAGCCGUGAGGGGUGAGGCGCGGAGACGUCCUGGCGGCCACCAUGGUGGCCACGUGCCUGCAGGUGGUGGGCUUCGUCACGAGCUUCGUGGGCUGGAUCGGCAUCAUCGUGACCACGUCCACCAACGACUGGGUGGUGACCUGCGGCUACACCAUCCCCACGUGCCGCAAGCUGGACGAGCUGGGCUCCAAGGGGCUGUGGGCCGACUGCGUCAUGGCCACGGGGCUCUACCACUGCAAACCGCUGGUGGACAUCCUCAUCCUGCCGGGCUAUGUGCAGGCUUGCCGAGCCCUAAUGAUUGCCGCCUCUGUUCUGGGUUUGCCGGCCAUUUUGCUGCUGCUGACAGUUCUUCCUUGUAUCCGGAUGGGCCAUGAGCCUGGUGUGGCCAAGUAUAGGCGGGCUCAGCUGGCUGGUGUUUUGCUCAUUCUGCUGGCUCUUUGCGCCAUUGUCGCCACCAUCUGGUUCCCUGUGUGUGCCCAUCGCGAGACCACCAUCGUGAGCUUUGGCUACUCCCUGUACGCAGGCUGGAUCGGUGCUGUGCUGUGCCUCGUGGGUGGCUGUGUCAUCGUCUGCUGCGCUGGAGAUGCCCAGUCCUUUGGUGAAAAUCGUUUCUACUAUUCUUCUGGUUCCAGCUCCCCAACUCAUGCUAAGAGUGCCCAUGUAUAAGAGGGCUGCCCAACUGCCCACAGAGGUGCUGUAGAUAGAUGCUGGGCCUGGGGCCCUAGGUUUGCUUGCCACAGUGUGGGGAAGUCCCCUCCUCCUGCCAGGCUCUAAAGCCAAAGGUUAGAAAAGCAUCCUGUCUGGUAUUUUGUAGUCUUAAACCCCACCCCCUUCCUCCCUCUUUUGGUUUCCUUAAAAGAAAUCCCUAGCUCAGAUAAUACUCAUACAAUUUUCUCAUGGUAUUGCCCACUAUUAGCAUUUUCUUGGGCAUUUUUUUUGUUGUUUAUUAAAAAUACAUAUAUUUUUUGUUUCUCUCUAAAUUUCAAAUGCCUUGCAAACAUUGCUGAGUUGGAUGGGGGUGGGGAAAAGAAAUAAAAGACACUUUUCAAACUGUUACACAUGACAAUGGGAGCCUCAUAAAAAUGCCUCUCUGUUUCCUCCCUCCUCUUCAGUUCCAAGGUCAUUUACUUAUAAGAGAUAGAAAAAAUUAGAACUAGAGACAUGGGAUGGAGGAGGGAGGGAAAUCGUGAAACUUCCUUUCUGUGGGAAAGUUUCCCUUUUCUAAGUUGAGGGCAAGAGGUGGGGAUAUUUUUUAGUUUGUGAUUUUACAUUUAUCUGUACAUACUUUUCCAAGAUUGAUCAUUUUUAUAACCAUGGUUUUCCUGAAAUUCUGAAUUCAUCAAUAUGAAGGAAAUGAACCAAGUAAUAUUAAUUAUGCAAUAAAUAACAGUACAAGUAUAACUUAAACUGACAUUCCACACAUUUUCAAUUUCCAGGUGUGUAUGAUACAGUGUUUAAUCCCACACUUUCAUAUGCUUCAACUUAACUCAUUGGUAAAGCUUUUUUCCCUUUUUCUCUCUGUGUUCAUUCUGUUAGCUAUCUUGAGGUGAUGUCAUUUAACCUAAAUUGUACUGUUGAAUUUGGCUUUACGGGUGUAAACACUGCAAAUGUAUCAGUAUCUGAGACCCCAAACUCUCCAAACUCUGAUGGUGCAUUUUGUUCUUUAAGUGAAAUCUGUGCAAUAAAAUAACAGACUGGCAAAA